CAGUCCCCGCCCUGUUUUCCCCGCCCCUCCCCCGCCUCCUUUACGCCCCCCCCCCCUCCCCCUCUGGUUGGAAAGUUUCUAGAAUCUCUUCCCAGCGGCCUUUGCGGUUCCAACAUGGCGGAGCUGACGGUGGAGGUUCGCGGCUCCAACGGGGCUUUCUACAAGGGAUUUAUCAAAGAUGUUCAUGAAGACUCCCUCACAGUUGUUUUUGAGAACAACUGGCAGCCAGAACGCCAGGUUCCAUUUAAUGAAGUUAGAUUACCACCACCACCUGACAUAAAAAAAGAAAUUAGUGAAGGAGAUGAAGUAGAGGUAUAUUCAAGAGCAAAUGACCAAGAACCCUGUGGAUGGUGGUUGGCUAAAGUUCGAAUGAUGAAAGGAGAAUUUUAUGUCAUUGAAUAUGCUGCUUGUGAUGCCACUUACAAUGAAAUAGUCACAUUUGAACGACUUCGGCCUGUCAAUCAAAAUAAAACUGUCAAAAAAAAUACCUUCUUUAAAUGCACAGUGGAUGUUCCUGAGGAUUUGAGAGAGGCGUGUGCUAAUGAAAAUGCACAUAAAGAUUUUAAGAAAGCAGUAGGAGCAUGCAGAAUUUUUUACCAUCCAGAAACCACACAGCUAAUGAUAUUGUCUGCCAGUGAAGCAACUGUGAAGAGAGUAAAUAUUUUAAGUGACAUGCAUUUGCGAAGUAUUCGUACGAAGUUGAUGCUUAUGUCCAGAAAUGAAGAAGCCACUAAGCAUUUAGAAUGCACAAAACAACUUGCAGCAGCUUUUCAUGAGGAAUUUGUUGUGAGAGAAGAUUUGAUGGGCCUGGCAAUAGGAACACAUGGUAGUAACAUACAGCAAGCUAGGAAGGUUCCUGGAGUUACAGCUAUUGAGCUAGAUGAAGAUACUGGAACAUUUAGAAUCUAUGGAGAGAGUGCUGAUGCUGUAAAAAAGGCUAGAGGUUUCUUGGAAUUUGUUGAGGAUUUUAUUCAGGUUCCUAGGAAUCUUGUUGGAAAAGUAAUUGGAAAAAAUGGCAAAGUUAUUCAGGAAAUAGUGGACAAAUCUGGUGUGGUUCGGGUGAGAAUUGAAGGAGACAAUGAAAAUAAACUACCUAGAGAAGAUGGUAUGGUUCCAUUUGUAUUUGUUGGCACUAAAGAAAGCAUCGGAAAUGUGCAAGUUCUUUUAGAGUAUCAUAUUGCUUAUUUGAAGGAAGUAGAACAGCUAAGAAUGGAACGCCUACAGAUUGAUGAACAGCUACGACAGAUUGGUAUGGGUUUCAGACCUUCUUCCACCAGAGGGCCUGAAAAAGAAAAAGGAUAUGCCACUGAUGAAAGUACCGUCUCUUCUGUACAAGGUUCUAGGUCUUAUAGUGGAAGAGGCAGAGGUCGUCGGGGCCCUAAUUACACCUCCGGUUAUGGUACAAACUCUGAGCUGUCUAACCCCUCUGAAACAGAAUCUGAGCGUAAAGAUGAGCUGAGUGAUUGGUCAUUGGCAGGAGAAGAUGAUCGGGAGAGCCGACAUCAGCGUGACAGCAGGAGACGCCCAGGAGGAAGAGGGAGAAGUGUUUCAGGGGGUCGAGGUCGUGGUGGACCACGUGGUGGCAAAUCCUCCAUCAGUUCUGUGCUCAAAGAUCCAGACAGCAAUCCAUACAGCUUACUUGAUAAUACAGAAUCUGAUCAGACUGCAGACACUGAUGCCAGCGAAUCUCAUCACAGUACUAACCGUCGUAGGCGGUCUCGUAGAAGAAGGACUGAUGAAGAUGCUGUUCUGAUGGAUGGGAUGACUGAAUCUGAUACAGCUUCAGUUAAUGAAAAUGGGCUAGAUGAUAGUGAAAAAAAACCCCAGCGACGCAAUCGUAGCCGCAGGCGUCGUUUCAGGGGUCAGGCAGAAGAUAGACAGCCAGUCACAGUUGCAGAUUAUAUUUCUAGAGCUGAGUCUCAGAGCAGACAAAGAAACCUCCCAAGGGAAACUUUGGCUAAAAACAAGAAAGAAAUGGCAAAAGAUGUGAUUGAAGAGCAUGGUCCUUCAGAAAAGGCAAUAAAUGGCCCAACUAGUGCUUCUGGCGAUGAAAUUUCUAAGCUACAGCGUACUCCAGGAGAAGAAAAGAUUAAUACCUUAAAAGAAGAAAACACUCAAGAAGCAGCAGUCCUGAAUGGUGUUUCAUAAACUGAAGAAGUUCCUAGUUUACAGUUCUUUUACAUUACAUUUUACAAUAGUGCUUGUACAAGCUUGCCAAAGAUAGAAUAUGGAUCGCCAGUCUUUACAUCGCACUUUCAGUUCCUCCAUUUGGAAUUCAGAAAGGGGAGGGAUCCUGAAGAUAUCAUAUGUUAAACAUACUUUGACACCUACUGUGUUAUAAAAUAUAUCAUCAGAUGUGCCUUGAGAAUAGUAUAUGUAACAUUAAAAAAAAAAGUUGCUGGCUA